AUGCUGCAGGGAGCCUUGCAGGGGUUUUUCCUAUCAUCUUUUAUGUCAAUGUGCAUUUUCGGAGCAGCAUUGCUUCAUGCCAUGGGAUACAGUUGCUUCCAAACAAAGAACAUAUUGUUUCUAUGGCUAACAUAUUUCAUGGUUCCUAUAGCUUCUCUUCCAUUGGUACAUCCACUUCAGCUAGCCAUGAAAUUAGAUGCUGAGAAGAUGCAGCUUCUUGGCUUCAUAUUGUCUACUUUGGCAUCAGGGUUUGGUUUCUAUUAUAAAGGAGCCAUGUGGACUAAAGGCAAUCUGUUUUUCUUCGCAGCUGUACAGGGAUCCGCCACAGGUUUCCUGCAUGCUUUCGGGAGGGUUCUGUGGUUGGAUUGUUCCCCUGCAGGUAAAGAAGGUGCAUUUUCUGUGUGGUUUUCAUGGGCACGAGCACUGGGAGCUUGUGCAGGAUUUGCCGUAGCAACUUCCAUACCUGGAAAUGUUGGCAGAGCGGUUUGGAGCAUCGUUCUGUGCAGGGCUUGUAGGGAUGGUUAUUCUGAUAUUCGGAAAUAUCAGCAGCUUCAAAGGAGCGAAAGCAGCCGGGCACGUCAUCAAAAGUGGGAAGAACUCCCCUGCCCCUGA